ACCAAGCUGCCGUGACUGUUAAGGCUAGUUUCCACUCAGGAAAAAUCUCCUUUGGAUUGGAACGGACAGGAUGAUUUCACGAUGGACUGUGGGGAUAUACGAUCUUAAAAUUACCACUGCUUUGGAUGCGCUGAAAGGCUAUACAGGUUGCUGUGAAGUGAAGUGCAUUAGCAAAAUCAACAUGGAAGAUAUCUACAGCUAUGAUACAGCAGUGUUUGGAUACAAUCGGAGCGAGUUUUUACAGAAAUGGUUGAAUACACCAGGCACUCACACCCGGGCUGCAAUCGACAAAGAAGGAUCGAUCGUUGGUUAUGUCGCUGCAAGAAUGGCGUUCAUUCACGACGAAGGUUAUAAAAUCGGUCCUCUGUUUUGUGAAGAUAUUGAAGUUGGUAAAGCGCUUCUCAAGGGAGUGUUUGAAGAUAUUCGUGAUCAUAGUUUGUCAUCGUCAAACUCGGUGAUUGUCGACAGUCCAACUGAACGAAAUUCUCAAGCCAAAGAACUCAUGAAAAUCGUACAAGGAAAAUACCUCGGAUAUAAUGAAUUUAUGACCACGAAUGGUCUUCCGAAAGUAUGCUUUGACCAAUGGUUUGCCAUAACAUCGCCUACAAGUGGCUAAAAAUUUACAGGCAGCCUGAAUUUGCAUGAGAUAUUUUUCAGCUGUCAAAU